AAAUCAACGGAUCAUUGAAAGACGGUCAGCUCAAUAAAGAUGUAAAAGUGGAACUUCUGUAUUCGGCUUCUAGCUUAGACGAACUGAUUUUCAAGGUAGGGUAUCGAUCUGUCUUAAUGCCCCUUUACACUUGCAAUUUUUGCUGCGAUUUCUAGUCCGAUUUUCGUGUGCUGAUGAAUGUGAACGAGUGGAUGAGUUAUGAAUGUUAAGAUGAGGGUACAUAAUAUAUAUAUACCCAGAACAUUAACAGCUCGUCCACUCGUUCACAUGCAUCAGAAGAUGAAAGUCGCAAUAGAAAUUGCAAGUAUUAACCGGGCCUUUAGUCAGAGAUUCAAUUGAAGAAAGAUUCCUUAAGGUGGCUCCCUACAGUUAGUACAGUUUAAAUACGAUUUAUAUAGAUCAGACUUCAUCCUCGCGACCUGCGCGUGGAAUCGUCGUGUUUACUGUUCGGCAAAAAUAUUGAAACAAGCCGCGGGAGGUUUUUUGGCGUUUUUAUCUACAAAGAAAGCUCCAGUUUUUCAUUAUAAUCCUAAUUUUUUUGUGAAUUCGAACAGUACGUAUGUUAUUAACUAGUUUAGCCAAUCUUUUAGUGUGUUUUUACGUAUUUACGUUCAUAUUGUCUUUCAUAUAUUGCUCAAAAUUUUCAACUUGUUGUGUUGCGAACUGUCAAACUGAAAUGAUACUGUCUUCUAUAACUCUUGAACAGUAGUGAACUGUCGCCGAAACUUAUGUAAGUUCUGUCAAUCAAUUCAAUUCAAUUCACAGGUAUCGUUUUAUCUGCUAAAUCAAAUAAAACAGUUAUGAGUUGUUUUAUAUGAAAAGUUAAACUUGUAGUUCGAUGUUUUGAAAAGUUUUCACACCGAUUUUAACAACAAAAACAAAUGUAAACUAACACUGGAUUUAAUACAAUGCCUAUAAUAGUGUUUCUUAUUAGUAUUUUCAAGAUUAAUAUUUUAUUUUCAUAUCAAACAAGUCAGAAAUAUCAGUUUUCGUAUGCAUUGUAAGCCAAAAAGUUGAAAUCACAAUAAAUCACACACUACAAUUUACACGCAUGCGCAGAUCGUGCUCAUGUCGAGUCGAUUUUUUUCAUGCUGGCCACGCCGAUUUUAGCGAUGAUUUUCUCGUGUUUUCUUCGGUGAAAUUUUUUUAAACUUUGUAUUUUUGUUAUACAAGACGAGUGGUACAACAUAUCCAAAUUUUAAGAAAUUCUACAAAUAACUUUUUCUGUAACCGUCAUUCACGAAUAUCUCGAAAACUUAUUUGUAAAUGCCCUUCAAAUUUUGAUAUGUUAGUCCUUUAUGGGCCAUAAAUCUUCAAAAAAUAUUUCAGAAAAAUUCACCAAAGGAAAAUAUAGAUAUUGUCAAUUUAUUGUGAAAUUAGACAAUAAAAGUGCAAAAGAUUAAACAUCAUGGUUGCCAUGGCAACACAAACACUGUUUUAAUUUGUUCAUAAAUGGACAGCACACAGCUUCUGAACUUUCCUGGAAAUGAUCAUAUUGCCUUGUCUUAAGUGUAUCUAAUAUAAAUUCGGUUCAAAGCGAACGUUCCUCAAAAUACCUAGAAUUGUAGAGAACUGUAGGGAGCCACCUUAAUUUAAUUAUUUUACAUUUACGCAAAACAUCUGUAUAUGUAGAUAAAUCUUUGUAGAAAAAUGAUCUGCAAAGCAUACAUAAGUGAGAAAAUUAAUUUAAGUUUCUUGUAGGUUUGCAUCGCUAAAUUUGCUUUGUGCAAACAUCACGUAUAUACCAUUUGUAACUGGGGCAUGAGCGUUACAUUAUUAUACGCAUAUAACCUCAACUUUAAAAUUGUAUUAAUGAAGUCUAUGCAUGUGAAUUACUACGCUCAAAUAAUUCUGCAUAUAGUCUAUAUGUAGCAUGUGGUAGCAAUUUUGCAGGAAUCACUGCAUGUUCAACAGAAACUCGCAUCAAUUCAUUAUAUUCACAAAAUUAUAUUGGUUAUUUCAUUAUAUUCAUUAUGUUCAUUAAUAUAUUUAUUCAUUAUGUUCAUCAUAUUUAUUAUAUUCAUUAUGUUCAUUAUACUCAGUUCAUUAUAUUCAUGAUAUUCAUCAGGGGCCGGUUGUAUAAAAACGUAAUUAGCGCUAACUGUAUUUAGCGUUAAUCACGGUAGUUAAAUCCUUAACUGUAAUUAGUUAACUACAUGACUUAACUGCGUUGCACAAAACGUAGUUAGUCGGAUAGUUAACUAAUCACGUAGUUAACUGUGCGUGGGGCUUGCGUGGGGCGUUUAAACACAAAAUUACAUAAAGUAAGCCGAGUAACGACCGCUGACAGACAUUUUCAACAUGAUUGUGGACUCGUAUUUUGCAAAUAGGCGGGAAUUUUAUUCAAAACACUAGAAAACAGUGAAAAAUAUACAAGAAAACAAGGAAAAACCGCCACAAAAAUCAUAAAAGAAUGCAGUUUUUCCUUGAGAUGCCUAUGUUAAACAAAGGUAUAGCUGUUUGGCAAUUAUAUAUCAGUGUUUCUUGGUGUAAUGGACCAUACUUCGUCUUCGAGAAAUCGUCCUGUGCAAAAAUAUGUUCUAUUUUCGUAAAAACACCAAAGCGAUAGCGUUUGAAGAGUUUAUAUUGUCAGGAAACAUUCACAGGGAAGAUAGCGAUUGAAAAUCUUAGGUAACCGUUGCUUUUCAUUGUUGUUUUACUGAAAAAUGUUGUUCACUCCUAUACAAACGCCAUUUUUAACUACGUUUUGGACAGUUAACUAUACCCUAAAGCAUAGUUAACUUUAACUACUUUUUAACUGCAGUUAAGGCUAACUACACUUUUAUACAACCGGCUUAACUACGUGAUUAAAGUUAACUAUUUUUUAAGGCUUUUUAACUACUUUUUAACUGCAGUUAGCGCUAACUACGUUUUUAUACAACCGGCCCCAGUUCAUUAUAUUCAUAAACUCACAUCAGUUCAUUACACUCAUAUAUUGGCAAAUAUAAUAUUAUGAAACCUAAUAGGCGUACAUGUGAAUCAGAUCAUAUUUCUUCAUCUACUGUACAACCCACUAAAAACUUUGUUAAAAAAAGUUUUAAUUGGUAUAUUGCUGAUAUAGAAUUCAUUUUACAACUACUCCAGUCCUGGUAUAAUGUUGCAAUUGAGAAAUACUCUGCAACAGGCUUAACGAAAACAUUACCAUAUAUGCAUGUAGGUCUCCUUGUAGGAACGCUUACUCCUCAAGGGAUUAUUUGCGCCUGCUCGUUUACCAAAAAGACAUGAAAAGUGUAGCUAUACGUUUAUGUCGCUUUUGAUGUUUUGGAGACACUUUAGAGCGCUUUCGUUAAUUGGUUUGCCUAGCUCACGCGAUCAUGAUCACGAAUUUUUGAAGUAUGUUUUUACCAUUAUAGGAUGAACUUGAGGCUAUGACUAAGACAACUGAAAAUAUAAAAUGUCAGAUGUUCGUUACCCAAGAGAAUUCGGCUGUGGUCAAUAAUGGUCAUUCUAAAGGUAUGGAUGGAUAUACAGUGUAAUAAAACGGCUUUACUUAAAUGCUAUUACAGUAUCAUGCGACUCGAAGCACACAAACAGGACAAUCCUUGCAUAAUUUUAAUGAAUAAAAAGGUAAUCUAGGUGCAUUGAAAUACUGGAUUACUAUAAAGCGCUCAAUGCCUUGCAUGGAUAAAACGCAAAAUGCAAGUAUAGGCUACGUUUACACUUGUACUGGAUAGCCUUCCAUAGCGAUGUGAACAACACCUAUCCGUACCUUUAGUAAUGCUAUCUUCAGAGGAAUUAUUGCAACAGAGAGAUUUUCUUUCGCUCAGUUUCUGAGAAUUGUACAUUCCGUAUAGGAUAGCUACGGAAAGCUAUCCGGUAUAGUGUAAACGUAGCCAUAGACACAGGUUCCAAUGUAAAUACUGUAAAACAGGGUUACCUACAGUUUGAUGCUCAUGUACUCAGGUUCACUAAUGCCUGGCUUCAAAUUUGCGAAGAGUGAGAAAAUAGAAAAAGCACAUUAAAUCAAUAAAAAGUAAGCAAACGCAAUAUGACUUUCAAUCUUGGUUAAUGUUUUGGUCAUCAACUAUAGAUCCAAUUCUUUUUUCCACCAAUCAGAUCGUUUUUUUUGCAGAUUUUUGUACUGUUGUUUGAGAUUAACUGAAACCAACCAAUCACAGUUUAGUACUGCUGCAUUUUUAUGCUUAUUAAUUAAAUAACAUCGCUCGACAGGUGACACUGAGCCUUUAAUUAAUCGCUUCAUUACAGUGUUCGAAUAUUACAAAGAGAACUUCGGUAUCGAUCUGAAGGCAUUCCGAAAGUGACUUCUCGACCUGUGCAAAACGUUUCUUUUCAGGAUGGGAUAGACAUAAUACACAUGAACGCAACCAAUAUACCGCAACUUUGAACAUCGAAAGCUGGAAGGCUUUAUCUGUGGCCCCGGAAGGAUAG